AUGUAUGAAAGACCAAAAGGAAUAGAAAACUGUAGAAUUUGGAUCGAUGGAUGCUUUGAUUUUGCGCAUCACGGUAUGGGCCACGCGGGUGCAAUGCUUCAAGCAAGGCAAUUAGGAAAAGAAUUAUACGUUGGGGUACACUCAGAUGAAGAAAUAUUGCUUAAUAAGGGUCCUGUGGUGAUGAAAAUGGAUGAGAGAGUAACAGCUGUUGAAGCGUGUAAAUGGUCAACAGAAGUAAUUCCAGGAGCACCAUAUGUUACUGAUCCGAAAAUAAUGGAUAAAUACGACUGCAAGUAUGUUGUACACGGUGAUGAUAUCACUACUGAUGCAGAUGGAGAAGAUUGUUAUCAAUUAGUCAAGGAUUUGGGAAGGUUUGUUGUUGUUAAAAGAACGCCUAAUAUUUCCACGACAGAUUUGGUUGGGAGAAUGCUACUAAUGGACAAAGUACAUCAUUAUGCAUCUCUUGAAAAUUGUAGAGAUGUCAAACAACAUGAUUUGUUCAAACAAGAUAAUUUAGAGAAGUUCAAGGCGUAUGCGUCGGACGAAUCUGGAUUGCAGCUAGGUUCUAGCGUGUAUGUAAAUUCCUAUGGAAAUUCAGAACUCACUGCAUUGUUCUCCUCUCCAAAGCCUUUUCAUAAAAUUAGUUACGUCGAUGGUGGCUUUGACCUUUUUCAUCCAGGUCACAUUGAAUUAUUAAAAGUAAUUGCCGGAAAAGCAAAGGAAGAUGGUUCGAGUGUGUUGGUUGGCAUUCAUGAUGAUCCUACGAUAAAUAAAAUUAAAGGGCUCAAUUAUCCCAUCAUGAAUAUUUUCGAGAGGUCUUUGUGUGUCUUGCAAUGUCGUUAUGUAGAUGGUAUAAUAUUGGGUGCCCCUUACAAGCCAUCUUCAGAGUUUUUGGAGAAGAUUCCAGGAAAAGUAAUCAAGGUAUAUCAUGGACCAACACCGAUUAUUGACAACGCUUACGAUGAAACUAAAGAGCAAGGCUUGUAUGCGAAAAUCGGGAGGCACAAAUAUGACGAUAUGAAUACACAAUUCAUUGUUGAUAGAGUUUUGAAGAAUAAGGAGGCAUAUGAAGAAAGACAAAAACGUAAAGGUUGGAAAAGCGAAAGAGAAUUAUUGCUACAGCAGCAACUGGAAAGUUAUUGA